AUGUCAGAAAGUGAAGAAUCGGCGAUUAAAGAAGAAAUAGCACGGGUAAGUGUUAAAAUACCUCCCUUUUGGGCUGAAAAGCCAGAGAUAUGGUUUUAUCAAGUAGAAGCACAGUUUUCUAUUUGUGGAAUAACUGCCGAGGAAACUAAAUUCAACUACUUAGUAUCGCAAUUGGAAGCAAAAUUUGUAGAAAGUUUAUGGGAUAUUAUAAGGGAUAAUAGCAAAACCAAAUAUACUGCUGCUAAAGAACGUCUCUUGAACACUUUUAAAGAAAGUGAAAAUAAACGUUUACAGAGACUGCUAACAGGCAUAGACUUGGGAGACAGUAAACCUAGUCAACUUUUACAAAAAAUGCGAAAUCUUGCUACCGAUGGCAUUUCGGAUAAAGUUCUUAAAACACUAUUUCUGCAGAAAAUGGCCAGAUACUGUGCGCAAUAUUUUAAUCGUUAG